GUGAAAAGUGGUAUGAAUUGUCAUGUAAUAUUUUAAAUUGUAUAUAACUGCCUUAAUGUUGCUUUACCCCAGGAAGAGUAGCUGCUGCCUUGGCAGGAAGUAAUGGGGAUCCAUAAUAAAUAAACCAUAGAAAGCCAUCUUGCCGUUUGAAAGACAAUAACAAGGAAUUUCUCUAAUCUCAUAUUCAGCCUGCCACCUUCCAGCAAACCACAGCCAGUCAGAGGCUGCAAGCUAUUUUAGUUGUUUAUAUAAAUACCUUAGGAUUUGUGAUUUUUAUUGUAUUUGCCAACAAUAAGACCACACGUGGACAAAAUGCAUUUACUAUCAUUGACCAAGUGAUGCAUCUAAUAAUUUACAGUUUAAAUAGAUUAAUUACAUACUGAUUAUACCAAAAAUCGUCUACAUUUGUCAUUGAUUUAACAUACUAUAUAUGAGGGAAUACAAACAGUUAUUUUCUAGCAAUAAAUUAUACUCCCUGAACCGCAUCACCCGCUUGAAGAAAAGUGUUGAUGACUAUGUACAGUAGGUGGCGGCACCUCUUAAACACCACAGAAGAAGCUGAAAAGCAUCAACAGGAAGUACUUUGUUACCGUCUAUCGAGUUUUCAAACCAAAUAAAAUUCCACGGGAUCGUUCUGAUGUAAAAAUUAGUCUCAAUGAGACGUUUGUUUGACAACUUAAAUCCAGUUUUGAUAUUUAAAAGGACGUUUGCGCUGGUCUAACUGUUCUUUAUCUGAACGCUUUGAUAAGGAACGUAACUCUAUCUUACACCUUUACUUUCAUGUUUUUUUAUUUGAAGAAAGAAUCGCUUCCAAGAUGGAUCGGGACAGAGCUAGCCCGUCCCCCUCCAGCCUGCCGGAGUCCCCUGGUCGCAACUCUCCUGGUAGCGCCUUACUGCUGGAUCUGAAGAGGGUGUCUGUGCGGCUGGUCGACUGCAGGAAAACACCAGGGCAGAGUGGAACUUUGAGAGGGGGGCACGAGGAGGAAGACUUCAUUUCACCAAGUAAGAACAAUGGGGACACCCUAAACUAUCGCUCUCUCAAUGGUAGGGACUUAUUUGGGGAGCCUCAACAACAUGUUUGUGACAAGGUAGAGAAGAGUCUCUCCCGAUCAGAACACCUCAAAAAGCACAGAUGUACAGGGAAGAAACCUCACCACUGCUGCUCUGACUGUGGGAAGAGUUUCACUAGCAGGAGUGGUUUCAUAAUGCACCAACGGAGUCACACCGGAGAGAAACCGUACUGCUGCUCUCAGUGUGGGAAGAGUUUUGCUGCUUCUAACGCCUUCAAAUCUCAUCUGAGAAUUCAUACAGGAGAGAAACCUUACAUAUGCUCACAGUGUGGGAAGAGUUUUGCUGCUUCUAACACGUUCAAAUCUCAUCUGAGAAUGCAUACAGGGGAGAAGCCUUACCCCUGCCUUCAUUGUGGUAAAAGCUUUGCUAACACGGGAAUUCUAACCAUACACCAGCGUGUACACACUGGAGAGAAGCCUUAUAGCUGUAAUCAGUGUGGGAAGAGCUUUGCUCGGUCAGGAGAGCUGACUACACACCUGGUAACACACACUGGAGAGAAGCCUUAUGUCUGUCUAUGUGGGAAGAGCUUUGCUCUAUCAGGACACCUGAAUAGACACCAGCGAACACACACUGGAGAGAAACCUUAUAGCUGUGAUCAGUGUGGGAAGAGCUUUGCGCUAUCAGAACACCUGAAUAGACACCAGCGAACACACACUGGAGAGAAACCUUAUAGCUGUGAUCAGUGUGGGAAGAGUUUCAGUCUAUCAUGGACCCUAAAUACACACCAACGAACACACACCGGAGAGAAACCUUAUGUCUGUCUAUGUGGAAAGAGCUUUGCUCAUUUAGGGCCAAUGAAAAAACACCAGAAAGCAGAAAUGUGCCAUAUUUCUUCUCCCUCCUAUCUGACACUGGAUCCAGAUCACUAAAUAAAGGAUCAAUAGAAAACAUCUAGUGAACAGUCAUAUCCAUCUCCUAUUCUUAGACAGUUGACUUAGUCUGAUCACCAUGGUAACCUCUGGAGCAUAAUAUGCAACUCUGAUCUCGGAUCAGGUCUCCCCUGUGUCUGUAAUAUCGCACAUUGGGAUUUGAAUGGAUAAAUGUUAUGAUAGAAUGUCAUAGUCAACGUGUGUGUUUACGUACUCCUAAAACUAAUCAAUGACGCAUUGAAUAAUAAUAUUCAUGAGGUCAAGGUAAGAUCUAUGUGUACUGUGUCUUGUGACAACGGUUAAUGUAAUAACUUUUAGAUUUAUAAUGUAAUAAAACCGGUAAAUGUAACAUCUUGUUGGUUAAUAUGAUACAAUGUUAAAUUGUUAUAGUAAUAACUUUUCUAUUUAAUGUAGUAAGUUACGGUAUCAGGUAACAACUUUAUAUGAAAAAUGUAAUAACUUCAACCGAUCAUGUAAUAACACCUAAACCAAUGUUUAAUGUGUUACUUCACUAAUGUGUAUACUAUACACAUACCACCCUCCACCAAUUACAAACCCACACACACAAACCUAUGCACCUGUACUCACACACAAAUACACAGUUUCAUCAUCAAGUUGUAUUGGUCACAUGCACAUAUUUAGCAGAUGUUAUUGGUCACAUACACAUA